AUGAGCGCAUUCACCGUGGGCGAAGAGGAUAUCCUGAGCGAUGUUGUUCCGAGCAACAUUGUGUCGCGCCAGCCUAGUCAAGGAGCGGAGGCGGAGAGCGAGUACGACGAGGGCGCGGAUGUGGAGGAGGAGGACGAGCUGAUGAGCGAGGAUGAUACCGCUGGCAAUGCUGCGCGGGCGAAGAAGAAAAAGCAGGAGGCUACGGCGGACAGAAAGAUGAAGCGUCAGAAGCGCAAAGCGGACGAGGGCCAGCUGCAGAUAAAAAGGCAGGAGAUGGACAAGGCAAAGAUUGCGGAUGCUGUGAAGAGAUAUUCGUAUCUACUUGGACAGACGGAGCUGUUCAAACAUUUCGUGGAUAUCAAGAAAGCAUCAGACCCUGAAUAUGCGGCUAUCAUGGACGCGGAACCCAAGCCCAAAGGCCGUGGGCGGAAGAAGCAGGUCGACAGCAAUGCCCGCCACCGCAAGUCUGAGAAGGAGGAAGACGAGGAGCUGCUCAAGGACGGCGAGGCUGGGUUGAGUGGCGACGACCAGCCGUUUGUCUUCGAGUCCUCGCCCAGCUUUAUUAACGGAACGAUGCGGCCUUACCAGCUGCAGGGCCUCAACUGGAUGGUCUCCCUACACCACAAUGGGUUGAAUGGUAUCCUCGCCGAUGAGAUGGGUCUGGGCAAAACUCUGCAAACCAUCUCCUUCCUUGCCUACCUCAAACACUAUCGCUCCAUCCCCGGCCCCCAUCUCGUCGUCGUCCCAAAAUCUACCCUCCAAAACUGGGCACGCGAGUUCCAACAAUGGGCACCCUCUUUCAACGUCGUCGUCCUCACAGGAUCCAAAGAAGAGCGCGCCGACCUCAUCGCGACCCGCCUCAUCCCGCAAGACUUCGAAGUCUGCAUCACCUCCUACGAAAUUUGCCUCAUCGAGCAAUCCGCGCUCAAAAAGUUCUCCUUCGCAUACAUCGUCAUCGACGAAGCCCACCGCAUCAAAAACGUCGACUCCAUGCUCUCGCAGAUCGUCAGAGCGUUCAUGAGCAGAGGGAGGUUGUUGAUCACCGGCACGCCGCUGCAGAACAAUCUCAAGGAGCUCUUUGCCCUGUUGAAUUUUAUCUGUCCCGAGAUUUUUGUGGAUUAUAAGGACUUGGAUAGUUUUUUGCAUAAGGAUGAUGCGAGUACCGGUGGCGAGGGUGGUAAGGUGGAUGAACAGGAGGCAAACAAAAAGGUUGUCGAGGCAUUGCAUAAGAUUUUGAGGCCGUUUUUGUUGAGGCGUGUCAAGGCGGAUGUGGAGAAGAGUUUGUUGCCCAAGAAGGAAGUGAAUAUCUAUGUCGGUCUCACGGAAAUGCAGCGCAAGUGGUAUCGCUCCGUGUUGGAGAAGGAUAUUGAUGCUGUGAACGGGUUGACGGGCAAGAAAGAGGGAAAGACGAGGCUUAUGAAUAUGGUCAUGCAGCUCCGCAAAGUGACCUGCCAUCCCUACCUCUUCGACGGCGCAGAGCCCGGCCCGCCCUACACCACCGACGAGCACCUGAUCCAAAACUCGGGCAAGAUGAUCAUCCUCGACAAACUGCUAGCAAGUAUGAAAGCUAAAGGCUCGCGCGUCCUCAUCUUCAGCCAGAUGAGUCGCGUGUUGGAUAUUUUGGAGGAUUAUUGUUUGUUCAGAGGGUACAAGUACUGCCGGAUUGACGGAGGAACUGCGCAUGAAGAUCGAAUCAGUGCCAUAGACGAGUACAACAAACCCGGCUCCGAGAAAUUCAUCUUCCUCCUCACCACCCGCGCUGGAGGACUAGGCAUCAACUUAACAACCGCCGACAUCGUCGUGCUCUACGACUCGGACUGGAACCCCCAAGCCGACUUGCAAGCCAUGGACCGCGCGCACCGUAUCGGGCAGACGAAGCAAGUGUACGUUUUCCGGUUUAUCACCGAGGGCAGUGUCGAAGAGCGCAUGCUGGAGCGGGCGGCGCAGAAGUUGAGGCUUGAUCAGUUGGUUAUUCAGCAGGGAAGAGCGCAGAUUCAGGCCAAGGCGGCUGCGAAUAAGGAAGAGCUUUUGGAGAUGAUUACGCAUGGGGCGGAGAAGAUUAUCAAUAAUGUGUCAGAGGAGCUGAUGGUGAAUGAAGAUAUCGAUGCGAUCAUUCAGAGAGGAGAGGAGAGGACGAUGGAGCUGAAUAGUAAAUACGAAGGGUUGAAUCUGGAAGAUCUGAAUAAUUUCAAAUCGGACGCUUCAGUGCAACAGUGGGAAGGCGAGGAUUUCCGGGCAGGGAAAAAAGCGCUUAAUUUCAAUUUACUGUCCCUGUCGAAGAGGGAGCGGAAGAGUAAUUAUUCGGUGGAUAACUACUUCAAGGAUACGCUCCGUGCUGGUCCGUCGAAAGUGGACAAGGCGCCCAAGAUUCCAAGAGCGCCGAAGCAGAUUGCUAUUCAGGACUUCCAGUUUUUCCCGGAUGAGUUGGCGGCGUUGCAGGAGCGCGAGAUGGCUGCUCACAAGCGACUGAACGGCAUCCCAGCUGUGGCGCGCGAGCCCGCCGGCCCUGAAGAUACUCCUGAGGUUCUCGAAGCCGAGCGACAGGCGGCGCAAGAGUUCAUCGACGAGGCGGAGCCGCUGGACGACGAUGAUUUGGAGAGGAAGGAGGAGUGUAUUAGGCAGGGCUUCCCGGAAUGGAGUCGACGUGAUUUCCAGCAGUUUGUGAGGGGGUUGGAAACGCAUGGGUGGGGCGCGGAUGCGACGUUGCUUGCUCAGGAAAUUCAGGACAAGACGCCUGAAGAGGUGGAAAAGUAUAUGAAGGUGUUUAACAGAAAGUGCAAAACGCUUGCUGAGUACCCGCGCAUCAAAGCGCGCAUCGAAGAAGGCGAAGCUAAGCGCAUCAAGCGCGAAAACCUCGAACUGCUGCUCUCCCGCAAAAUCUCGUCGGUGCGGUACCCAAUGCAAGAGCUCGAGCUCAACUACCCAACCACAAAGGGCAAAGUCUACAGCGAGGAAGAAGACAGGUAUCUGCUCUGCCGGCUGUUCCACUACGGGAUGCAGGCGGACGACGUGUAUGAGCGGAUCAAGAAGGAUAUCACCGAGUUUCCUGUGUUUAGGUUUGAUUGGUUCUUCAAGAGUCGGAGUCCGCAGGAGUUGCAGAGGAGGUGUAAUACGCUUUUGGGCAUGAUUGAGAAGGAGGAGGAGACGAGGGCGUCUGAGGAGGCAAAGUUGAAGCCGACGAAGGGAAAGAAGAGGGGUAUUGAGGAGGUUGUUAAAGUUGAGAAGCAGGAGUCGAGGCCUGCCACACCCGUCGAGUCGGCAUCUGCCAAGAGGUCGAAGAAGAAGAAAACAUAG